UUUUAUCGAGUAGUCGCGCCGUCUUCCUUCUCCGUCCAGUUGCUGUCGCGCAGUGAGAGAGCUGUCAAGUCUGACGUUUGACGUUUGUUCGCUACCCGGCUCCGGGUGGACGUUUUUCAGUAGGUCGCGCGCAAUAAUGGUGCUUCAUUCUCGCGUGACAGCGAGUGUCAGUUUGAUCCCCAACGUCAAUCACGAUGCGUGAAAUCAUCUCCAAAGACACGUGCAAAAAAUACUCGAGGAACGCUUCGGCGUCGACGCAAAUUCUGUCGAGACGAUAAUUAAUAUCUAAAUGACAAAGCUUACAACUCUUAUGGAGCCUCAUUAAAUCAGAAUUACUUUAAAUCUCGUAUGAAACGAGAAGCCUGAUUAAAGUGUACUAAUUCGCAGCAUGUUGCAAGUUGCAGAAGUCAUUCAAGAGGAGGCAAUAAGAUUAGAAGAAAUGACAUUGACAUUGGCAAUCAUGUAACGGGUUAUAAACAAGACUUAUCCCGCAAUGGAGGAUUAUACGCCGAUCGAUGAGGACUUUCCGGGCCGGCUGCUACACCAGGCCGCGCUCUGGGAUAAUGCCGAGCUGCUGGAGGAUCUGUUGCGGGGCGAACACGCGCAGUACAUUAACAGCAAGGACUCGUGGGGUAGAACGCCGAUGCACGCGGCCGCGAUCACGGAGAACUCCCGCUGCCUGGACGUCCUGCUGACCGCUAAAGCUGACCCAAACGUCAUCUGCGGCCCGCGUGGUCACCAUCGGACGCCGCUGCACGUGUGCGCGGAGCACGGCCACGCCGGCAACGUGGAGAGGCUGCUGAAUUUCAACGCAGAUCUCAUGAUCCGCGACGACGACGGCCUGCAACCGCUCGACAUCGCCGAGAAAGGCAAGCACGACGCUUGCAUUCAUCUUCUGAAGGUGGCGGCCGAGCAGUACGAGCUCGCGAAACAGGCGACCCAUGCCUCCUUACGCGCAGCGUGUAUCCAAGGCGACACCGUGGCCGCCCGAAGCAUCAUCCAGGGCUUGUCGACCGCUGAAUGCGUGGUGAAUAUGGCGCCAAACGGCGCCAACACGCUGCUCUUCGUCGCCUGCGAGAGCGGUCACAAGGACAUCGUUCGGUUGCUGUUGGAUCACUGUGUCGACUGCAGGAUUCAUCCGGUCACAAAGUACUGUCCACUCUACAUAGCGUGUUAUCACGGCAAGGUGGAGAUUGUCGAGUUGUUACUCCGGCAUUUUCCCAAGCAGGUGCAGCAACUCACGGUGGAACGUUGGCUACCGAUACACGCGGCCACGAUAAACGGUCAUCAUUCGGUAAUCGACAUGUUGCUUAAAUUUGAAUAUCCUCAACAUGUCUAUCAACGCUACAGAGACCCGUCCGGCGAGUUCGAGUAUGAUCUGCCGUUUGAUAUCAAUGCGCAAGACGUCACUGGCCAGCACGCGCUCUAUAUAUCCAGCAUGCUGGGCAAUGUCAAAUGUGUCGAAUUGCUUCUGGGUUAUCGGGUGAAGGCGAGAACGACCAAGGAGGAGGAUGGCGUUAGUGGCGCGCAGCAGCUCCCAGUAUCGAAGCGCAAAAUCUCCAGCGGUAUCCAGAGGCUGAUGUCAUCCUUGAAUUUUCGUAGCACGAAAACACCAACAGACAAAAAGGAUGAUAAAAUGAUAUAUCCGGUGAAUUUGGAUCUUUAUUGUAACAACGGCAGCGAAACGGCGCUGCAUGCGGCUGUUAGGGGUCGACAUACCGAGGUGGUGAACGCUCUCCUCCAAGCUGGCGCCAAUUUAGAGUUACCUGUCAAAGUUCUGUACGAUCAGAAUGAUCCGGAAGGUAGUUAUUCGAGCGUGCUGACGAUAGCUUGUCAGAAUCGCGACGUGAAAAUCGCGGAUCUGUUGCUGAAGCAUGGCGCCGUCGACAACGAGUGCAAGGCGUUGAAGAUUGCCGCGCAGAAUCGCGACGAGACGUUGACCGCAAAAUUGCUGUCGAUUAAAGCACAUCCGGACUCCGAGUAUAAAAUCAACAAAAAAGCGAUGACUGAGUGCACGCAAAGCUCGCAUUUCUCCGCCUUGUCGUCUUUCGGUCACGUUACCUAUUCCACGCUGUUCCCGAAAACGCCCACGAUGAUCAACUGGCAUAACCAACAGUGCCGUCUCUCGCAGAUCCGAUUGCAGUGGCUAAUUGACGCAGUGCUGCACGUGAACAAGAAGCUGAGCCCAAAGAACAACGAUCUGGUACUGUACGCCAUCACGCGAGUCGAUAUCUCCCACAACUCCAUAACUUCCGUGCCGUCUGCCAUGUUCUACCUACAGAGUCUGCGUUACCUCAACAUGGCACAGAACAAAAUCGACACUCUCACGGCCGACUCGAAGAACCCGAAGGACAAGCUGUGCCCGGUUCUGGAAGAAAUGUAUCUGCAAGACAAUCGAUUGGAACAACUGCCCGAAUUUAUCAUGAAUCUUCCAGCCCUCGAAAUCAUAGACAUAUCCAACAACAAGGUGCAGUGCCUGCCGCAAAAUCUGUGGCGUGCGCCCAAGCUCAAGGAACUGAACGCGUCGUUUAAUCUGUUACGCGAUCUGCCGAGUCAAGCGUCGCAGAACGUCCUGAGGAAGUCGCAGCGCGGUUGCGAUGAGACGCAACAGACGUCUACUAACUUUCGCGUACUGGCCGCCAUGCCGCGGAUAGAGUCCAUGGAAUUCGACUCCUUCACGAAGAUCGCGAACGCGCAGGUGAUCGAGAUGGAGCGGCCGCAUGUGUGGACCAGUUCGGUUCAAUUGUCAGAAAGGAUGAGCGAUGACACGGAGAACGACAACAAGUCGGUGCUCACGUCGUUGAAUCUGGCGCACAAUCUCUUUAACAGCAUUCCCGUGGCGUUGCCGUGUCUGGCGGUGAGCCUAGUGCGAUUGAACAUGGCGUACAACUCUCUGCGAUCGAUGAGCCACAUCACUUCGUAUCCAGCGAGCCUGAAGCAGCUGGAUCUGUCGAACAAUCAGAUCACGCGGUGGCCGAGUCUGCCGCAAGUCGACAGUUCCGAUAGUAUGGAACAAGCAAACACGGCCUGUUAUUGUCCGACCGUGAACGCGCAGUCGCCUAGCAUAGUACCCGGCAAUCGGCAAACACCUACGUCGAUGCGGGAAAUCGUGUUGCAAUCGGUGUGCGCGCACAGGCGGCACUUACGGCUAGAGAAUCUCCGCACGCUGAUUCUGGCGAACAAUCUACUGAAUCGCAUACAAUUAACGUCGUGCGACGACGGUGAGAUGCCAUGUCUGGAAGAGGAGCGGAACGACUCGGACAAGGAUUUGAAAGGUAUCGGACACUCCAGCUCCAAGUCGUACUUGCUCUUUCCCAACGUCAGUAUGUUGGACAUUAGUAACAAUCAAUUGCGCGAGAUACCACACAACAUUUACGAGCUUAGCAAUCUGUCGGUACUAAACAUCAGCGGCAACAAUGAGAUCGUCGAGCUGCCGCCGCAGAUGGGUUUACUGGGACGCCUAUGGAACCUAAACACACAGGGUUGCCGGUUGCAGGAGCCACUCAAGUCGAUGAUCGAGUCUAAAAAGUAUAAGACGAUGGACGUGAUCGGUUACCUGAAGUCGAUCUUGGAAGACGCCAAGGCAUACGCGCGCAUGAAGCUGAUGAUCGUCGGUAUCCAAGGAAUCGGUAAGACGAGUCUAUUGGAACAGUUGCGGCAGGAGGGUGAAGUACCGAACAAGAAGAAGGCGUCCGAGCACUGGGCCAAGCGAAUGGGCAACAAGAACAUCAACGCAAAGACCGCAAAAGGCACAACCAUCUCGACGGUGGGUGUGGACAUCGGCGAUUGGAUCUACGAGAAGAAAGUGCGCGGACAAUCGUCCCACGGUCCGGUCUACUUCAGGACCUGGGACUUUGGCGGCCAGCGCGAGUAUUAUGCGACGCAUCAGUAUUUUUUGUCAAAGCGUAGUCUGUACCUAGUCGUGUGGCGGAUCACAGACGGUUUCAAGGGCGUAUCCGAGAUCUUUCAGUGGCUGGUGAACAUUCAGAGUAGAGCGCCCAACUCACCGGUCAUCAUCAUCGGCACUCACUACGAUAUUUUCUACGAGCACAGCGAGGGUCUGCAGCAAUAUAUUCGUGACAUUAUCAAUGUGGUCGAUGCCGAGAAAUGCGGCCUACCCAAAGUCAUGGAGACGAUUGAAGUGAGCUGUAAGACACGCCACAACAUCAAGAUGCUGUGCAAUCUCAUCUACGACGUCGUCUUCAGCUUGAGAUCGCCCGGUAGCAAGGAAUUGUUGCUAGAACAGAAGGUCCCGGCUAGUUAUCUCGCGCUGGAGGACGUCGUGAUCCAAUUGGCGCAUGACAGGAAGUUGUCCGGCCUAGAUCCAGUGUUAAAAGCCGAUCAGUAUUACGCGGCAGUCAACAACGAACUUCAAAAGUUGCACAGAUCUUUCCGAGACCCCGCCGAGCUGCAUCAGGCGACAUUGUUUCUUCAUGAGAACGGAAUAAUCUUGCACUACGAUGAUGCUACGUUGAAGGAUCUUUAUUUCUUGGAUCCGCAGUGGCUCUGCGACAUGCUGGCCCAUGUAGUAACCAUACGGGAGAUCAAUCCGUUUGCCAGAUCUGGUAUAAUGAAAUUGGACGAUAUCCAGCACGUUUUCAAAUCCUCCACAAUAUCAUCGAUCGAUACACAGGGCUAUAUCGUUAGCCUGCUGAAAUUCGAGGUCGCGUUGACAUGGGACUGCCGUACGUUGCUGAUACCGUCCCUUCUACCGACCGAGGAGGAUAUUCUGCGCAAUAAUCAGAUCAUCAAAGUGCCGGUGAAGACGCGCGGCUGGCAUGUACGCGUCAAGAAGAUCACCUCGCCUAUAUUCGCGUGCAUGGGUGCGCCAUCCAGCGACAAGAGCAACGCCGAGUGCGUGCUUACAUCGAGAUCGCAACCCGACUGCUCCGUCACCAGGUUGCUGCUCAUGUCAUACUUUCCCAGCGGCUUCUGGUCCCGAUUGAUCACUCGAAUUCUCGCCGAUGAUGCUAUUGUCGAGAUUGUCAUGUCAUUUCUGGCGCCGUUCAAGGACUUUGUCGACGAUAACAUCUUCGCCAGUCUAUUGGAUUUGCAGGCCGAAUGGGUACUCUGGCAGACGGGAAUUGAGCUGCGAUACUCGGGAAUCACGUUGUUGCGUCUGAAGGAGGUCUGCUACAAUUUAAAGAAUUCACCGUAUGACUACAGACAGUUCAAAUUCAAGCUCAAGCAGGACGGAAUCUGGUGCACAGUAGAUCUGCGAAAUUCCGCCAUCCUCGAAAUUUGGUUUCCGGUGGACACUCUGGUGAUUAAGCAACCCAUUAUGUCCGAUUCCAUAGAUGAGGAACCAAUGGGCUACCAAGCGAUCGUAGUAGAGCCGCGGAUGGAAAGUAUGCCACAAUUGAUGGCACUGAUUGUCGAUCACAUCGACAUCCUCCUCGAAGUGUAUCCUACUCUGGGUACACGCUUUGUGCACACAUCGGAGGGCAAAUUGCUGGUCACCAGGCUCAUCCCGUGUCCGCGUUGUCUGCUGGAUAACGCCGAGGGCAGCGACAUCGAAUCGAACGACAGUGACGGUCGAUUGAUCGAGGACAUUCAGAAGUAUUGCGCCGUGAAUCGCAGUGAGAGACAAAGCCAGGACAGCUACAAAUCCGACGGCGACAGCGGCGUCGGCUACGACAGUUUGACGUCCAGCAGAAUGCCAUCGCUCGAGGGACACCCGGACGUGUCGAAGCAGCAGCAGCAGCAGACUCCCUCUUCGCAACCCGAAGGUAUCCUAGCGUACUCCUGGAUGGUGGAGGAGUGCAUAUUGGCAGCGUACAGUAACAAAUCCAUCAGCUGUCCGAGGCACUCGGAAAUCCCGUUGUCGCACGUCGCGCCAGACAUCAUCUUCAUGGAUCUGGGCGCUAAACAUUUGAUCAAGUCCGAGGACCUGAAGCGAGGCAAGCUGCUUGGUCGAGGUGCCUUCGGUUUCGUCUUUCGCGGCAGCUGCAGAUUACCAGGAACAUACGUUCGCGCCGACGUGGCCAUUAAGAUGCUGCAGCCGGUCUCUCCGGGUCCAAACUCGACCCAGUCGGCGAUCCUCGCAUAUAAAGCGUCGCAGAGCAAGUGGGACCGCGAUCCGUUGCAGUACGCCUGCAAGGCUUACUGCAUGGCACGUCAGGAGCUCAACAUCCUGCUGACGCUCAGACACACCAACAUCGUGCCGUUAAUCGGCAUAGUCGUCAGUCCAUUAGCUCUGGUGCUGGAUCUCGCUCCAGGCGCGCUAGACGGCGUCCUGAAGAAUUAUCGUCGUUCCGGCGCUAAACUGGAUCCCUACACGUUACAAGCGAUCAUCCUACAGGUCGCCAAAGCAGUGGAGUAUCUGCAUCAACAGCACGUCAUCUAUCGCGAUCUGAAAUCGGAGAACGUGCUAGUCUGGCAAAUACCUUUACCUUUUCAGGAGAGUUUAGAACCGGUGCACGUCAAGGUCGCCGAUUACGGAAUUUCAAGACUGACGCUUCCUACAGGAGCGAAGGGUUUCGGAGGCACGGAGGGUUUUAUGGCGCCCGAGAUCAUCAGAUACAACGGCGAAGAAGAGUACACCGAAAAAGUAGACUCCUUCUCCUUUGGCAUGUUUGUCUACGAGCUAAUCACGCUCCGCCAACCGUUCGAGGGUCACGAGGCGGUAAAGGAGUGCAUCCUGGAGGGCGGUAGACCACCGCUAGUGUAUCGCGAAACCCUUCAUCCGUGUUACGCGCUGGAUCUAAUGGUGAUAUGCUGGGCGCAGAAUCCAAAGGAUCGACCGACAGCCAGUCAGAUCGUUUCUAUCGCUUCCGCGCCCGAGUUCACUCAUCUGAUAGACGUCACCCUGCUAACGGAGCGCACCCAGGUGACGGCGGUCACCAUGACGAACCGCGCCGGCAACAGUUCGAAUAGCGAGGCGGACAGCCUAAACGGCGACGAGAUCUGGUUCGGCCACAACAACGGCGAGGUCGACAUGCUACUAGGAACGCAGAAGGGUUGGCUGCGCCACGUGCGUAUUGAGACACCGGUGAUACCGUACGCCAUGUACGGUCUGGACGGCUACAUCUGGAUCGGCGACAACGCUGGCCAGGUGCACGUCUAUCUGUGCGGCAACUUCGGUUGCGUGGCCAGCCACAACCUCGAGGCGGAUCACAACCGAGAGUCCAAGGUGGUUGGGCUGAUCCACUUGGAGCAACUGAAGCAAUUCGCCGUGGCGUUGCACAGCGGUCGGAUCUUUUUGCUGUCGAACUCGUUCACGCAGAUGAAGAAGACGGAAAUCACCGGUGUGGCGGACGCGACGCGUGCUGAUGUCAAAACCUAUUCGCUGACGGCGGUCUCUCGGAAGAGACGGGUGUUGGAGCUCUGGGCCGGCCAGAGCUUCGGCCGGAUAUCCGUAUACACGCUGAAGGACGGCAAUCUGGUUGACACUGUACAACUGUCUCACUCCACCGGGACCGCCAGUGACGCGGCCAUGAGGAAUCUCUUCGCCACGUAUCUGGCUGGCGCAACCGCCGAAAGCUUCGUCUUUUCGUACACAUAUCCAGGUUGCGUGGUGUACCAGUGGGACGUGGAUGGCCGGCAGAUUGUGAACAAGCUGGACAUGUCCAAGCUGGUGCCGUGCUCCGAGAGCCUCAAGUCUAUCUCGAUCGAGGAGAACCUGUCAACGGACAAGUGUCAGGUGACCGCGCUCGAGGCCAGCUUCGGUCAGCUAUACAUCGGUACCACCUGGGGCUGCAUUGUCGUCGCCGAGUGCGGCACUCUGCGACCCGUCACCGUGUUCCGGCCGUUCGAGGGCAAGGUCUGCCAGAUCGUCACCCUGAAAUCCACCGACAAGAAGAAGGCGGUGCUGGCUACUGUAGGCCAGGGCUAUCGCAGCUUGAUCGCGCGAUACACCGACUUCCCACUGAAGAGUCUGGAGAACGAGGAGCUCAGGCAUGGCAUGUACACCUUGCUGUGGCGAUCGGAAAACUGGUCCUCGACCUGAUUCUCCCGAAGAUCCUAGAUGUCCGGUUCCAAAGCUUCGUUUAUCUCAUAUGCAGGAUGUUCCAUAGGAAAUUGCUGAAACUAAUCAGCUGUCACUUUUUAAGUAUG